GAGCUCACCCUAUCACUUUCGCUCGAUUCGCCUCUUCUUUGAACCAGGGAAACCCAACGAGCCGCCGAGUCUGGCCCGCCCGCGUCCACACCCUUCACCUCCGGUCACUCUCGCUCGAUUCCCCCAUUCCGUCGAUAUUUUUCGAGGUGCCAGAAUCACCACCGGUCACUGCUGGCGUACUACCCGUCGCCGCCUCCCGUCCGCACGUCCAGAUACACCGAACCUGGACGCCUUCCCGGCCCUCACCCCCGCCCAUAAAUUAACCCGAGCACCAGUUGCCACAUCUCAAAGCAACCCCAGCACACUGCAGCCAAUCAUAACAGCCACUCAAGCACUCGAUUCGUUUCGGUCCUCUCUCUCUUUCGAGCUCUCCGUGCUCCGAUCUCGGUCCAUGGCGCCGUCCAUCUCCAUUGCCGUCCCUACGCCGGCCUCGGGCUGGAAGAGCGGCAGGAAGGCCGCGGAGGGCGAGGCGGAGGCGGCGCUGCUGCGGCGCCGGAACGCCGAGCUGGAGCGCGAGGUGGCGCUGCUGCGGGCGGAGCUGGAGGCCGCGCGGCUGCGCGCCGAGGCCGCGGAGGAGGCCGAGGAGCGGCUGUGCGUGCAGCUCGGCGAGGCCGAGUGCGAGGCCCUCGAGCUCGCGCGCGCGUACCAGGGCGAGGUCCAGGAGCUCGCGCGGGAGCUCGCCGCCGCACGCAGCAGAUAGCGGAGCACCUACAGCCUAGAGGCAGGCAGAGCGCGUCGGCCUCGACGAAGGCGGUGCAGCGGCAGUAUAGAUUCCUUAGACAAAAUGUAAAGCGAGGUUAAUUAAUUACUCUGUGCUUCUAGAGAUUCUA